ACAAGAAAGAGAUGCUUGUCAAAAUCUUACACGCUAGCUGGGUUGCUACGAUAGAGAAAGAGGGUGGGCACCGAAACCAAUCAGAGACUGUCCAGCACCUGAAACGUUCUUCGGUUUUUUAUGAGUUUAGACGAUCAAUCAGGCGGUCAGCGGGUCUUUGAUGAAAAACACGCAAUUUAUGGUCAUCGACUCCUGAUUGGUGACGACAUGGCUGAGUGUAACGUUAGCAUCGACCAGGACAAACUACCUGGAGUGAAAGAGGUGUGCCGAGACUUUGCUGUACUGGAAGAUCACUGCCUUGCCUACAACCUUCAGGAACAAGAGAUUGAGAGCCACUUGGCGUCCAAUGUCCACAAGAGCCGGCUGGUGCAGCAGGACCUGCAGGUGGCCAAAAAGCUGCAGGAGGAAGAGGAUGAGAUCGCCAAAGUCGUGAUCAAGAAGCAGCAUGUUGCCAUAGCACGCCAAGAUAACGAGAUCGCCCAUGAGAUUCAGGACGAACUGGUCCGACAGGCUGAGCAACAACGACGACAACAAGAGGAGAAAGAUGCGGCUAUGGCUCGUAAACUGCAUGAGAAGGAAAUGAAAGAUGAAAGACGGCGACAGAAACAACUAGAUGAGGAGUACUAUGAAGAUACCGUAGCUGGGAGAGAGCCUCUUGAUCUGGACAAGCCCACGCACCACACGUCUAGCGCCGCUGGACGUUAUGACAUGUAUUCUCCAAUGAGCUCCCAACAUGAGCCCUUGCCAGAUUAUAAUUUGAUCGAGCCAAAAAGGAGCAGGUACCCAAAACAGGAUCCAGCAGCACCUCACAGCCGCUCCAGGUACCCUGAGCAUUCCCUGGUGACAGAGGGAGGCCAGGGUAGAUAUGCAGAUCCGUAUCCUGAUCACUUGCUGUCCGACAAAGGCAGGCAUGGAGAUAGAUACCCUGAUUAUGAUCCCGCAGAAUCGAGGAGAGCACGCGACAUAACAGGGGAGGACCCCAAUAGAGCAGUAAGAAAGAAAGAGGGGGCAGCCCAUUCUCCAUUAAGGUCCAAGGAAAGAGACAAGGGCUGGGACAGAGAUCGGGAGAAGGACAGGAGACAUGACAGAGACAGUGGCUGGGAGGUGGAGCGUGACUAUCAUUUGAGAAAACAGCAAAGGUCGGACAGGGAUCAGGACAUGAGGUCUGGGAGAGGAGGUAGAGACAGGGAGCGCUCCAGAGAGAGAGAACACGGCGAGGACCGGAAUGAAGCCAGAGACAAGCAGACACACAAAAGCAAGGACACGCAACGAGCAAGGGCCAGAAGCCGAGAAAGGGAGCUCACCGAUGAUUUCGUUGAGCCGAGGGGUGGUCGAAUGUCCCGGGAGGAGGAAGAGGAUGAUGCGAGGAGGGCCAGGCGGCACCAGCGGGUCCAUUCUGAGCCUGAUGAUGUGUUUGAAGAUCACAGGAAAAAGGAAGGAAGAGGUGACAGCAGAGAUUUGUGGGAAACUUCCGGCAAUCACACACUUUCCAUCGGCGAGACAGGUCGAAUCGUGCACAAAGGGAGUGGAGCAGUCAUUGAUCCGGAGUAUGGACUUGGCGAGGCAACUAGAGACAUGACCAAGCUGGAUUUGCGUGAGCAGGAGCUCAAGGACAUGGAGGUAGCCAGAAGAAUGCAGGAGGAGGAAGUCAAGGCAAGCAAGAGCCAUGUGCGUGCAGCCCAAGUUGCCCAGGAUGAGGAGAUGGCCCGGCAGCUGAUGGAACAAGAAAAGAAGGAGUACAGAAAACAUCGAGAAAGGGAGAAAGAGCGGGAACGGGAACGAGAGGAAAAGGAACGACAAAGGGAGAAAGAGCGUGCCAUGGAAAAGCGGCGACCCGAGGCAGAAUACAGGCCAAAUUCCGAAGAUGUUGUCAGGCCUCGAACCCGUGAGGAACAUGAUCACCAGAGGCACAGGAACCACUACAAGCCUUCUAGGCCACCUCAUCCUCGUACACACGACUAUGAGAACGUGAACCCCAGUUACGGUUACGUCGAACACCCUCACCAACGGGCGCCUUCCAGACCUGAGGCCGCGUACAAAGGUUACAAGCGGUGACUCAGGCUCCAGACAGGCUGUCCAUCGUCCUCUGUCUCCGCUCUUAUUUACCCUUUUGUUUUCUGCCAUUCACACUCUCGUGACCAAAAGCCUUGGAACAAUCGAAUGAAUCGGCAAUGUUUUGAUUUUUUUGUUUUGUUUUAAUCUAAUCAUUCCCUUCUAUACCCAUCAGAAGAAAAGAACAUGCUGGAAUCUCAUUCUUUUCUUUUCUUUUUUAAUUAUUAUUUUAAUUUAAGAAUACAUUAUUUAUGAAUUCAGAAUUUCAUACAUCACACCUGAAGAGCAGCUUCCUCUAUGGCACUCGCAAAGUUCCUGGCGGUCAAAAUGGGCUGCCUUCACUGCCAUGCGUCAUCACAAGGGCUGCGGACUUCUGACCCAACUUGCAUUCCUUGACAUCUUUUUUUUUUAAUGUUUGUUUUCAUGGGAUGUGCCUGCUCAGUCCUAUGUGGCUUCAACAUUUGGCAGCUGCUUUGCCCACCUUAAAAUCUGUCAUCAGCGUGCCAUACAACAACAACACAAAAGAGCCUUUUCUUUUAAUCAAAAUGCUGGCAGUUACACCAACCAUGAAGUUGUCGCACUGCAGAGGCGGACUGCUGCCGAUGUCAUUGGCACUGACACCUCUCCUCCAAAUUUAUCUUUACUCGCAUGGUCUUUUAAAGCUCUACAUGCCUUCAAUCUCCACAUAAACUAAAGAGUGGAUGGGUAAACUACAGUUUGUGCGACAUAAAUGGAAUGCCAAAGCAUUUCAUGCUAAAAACUGAUCAACAAAUCUCUCAACAUUUUUUUAUGAAAACGUUCAUAAUAAAAAUUGCAGUAUGGGUUGGCAUGCCUAGUUAAUGGAAGAACUUUAAACUGUCCUUACUUGUAAAUUUGUACCCUGUAAAAUGAAUGGCUGUUUGUCAUACGUUAGAUUUUUGCAUCACAUUUGGGUUUGAAGCAAUUAGUCAUCGAACGUUAUCAUUUGAAGGGAGGAGGGGGAUAAAAAAAAAAGAAAAAAAAAAAAACUGCACGCACAUGGCAUGUGCUCUUGUGAGAUUGUUAAUCUAUGCUUUUUAUGUGUCUAACAUUAUUUCAUGUGGUACCAAAUUGGCCAAAAAGGAACAAAAACACAGUGCCACCUUGUGUUUAUGUCUAUUAAAGGGAGAAUUUUAUGUGGUAGUUUGCUGGUCAUUCUUUGAUUCUUUGUUUUGAUUUUUCUAAGAUAAUACGUGGGGAGUUUAUUCAGACUGACCUGUUUGGAAAACCACUGACUAUUGACAUCAGUUUUCAAAGGUUCAUUCUUUAAAUUUUCUUAAUUGUUUCUUCGUAUUCUGUUCAUAUUGAAUAAUGGAAGCGUGCAGUGAAAAAUGCAUUUUGUUUGCUGGUGAAAUGUCACCCACCCGCUUACAUUGAUCUCCAACUAUGUCAUGUGUGAGUCGGUGGUGGUCAUGUGUAUAUUAAUGUUUCCUGUUCAAGCGAUGGGAUAUGUGCCAUAUUUGUCAUUACCCAAAAGCACUUGGCAACGAAAGCGUGAGUUUCCAAAAAUUUGUGAUGAGAUCGCCACCUUGUGGGCUUGUUAAUUACGAGAGUUUAUUGAAUUGUUCUUUUCCUUAAAUGGGGAUUGGGAAAUAUGUACCAAACUGCUCAGGAUGUGUGUGUACACUGGUGCGUGUUAUGUCUUUGAUUCAUGUAAACAUUGAGCAGUUUAUGUUUUGUUUUGUCUUGGGUUUUUUUUUUUUUAAACAGGGCUUAUAUGCAAUCUAUACCAACAUGUGCUGGAACAUGAUUUUUUUUUUUUUGUUUUUUUUUUUUGUUAGUAAAUUACAAUCGAAUGAUUGCUUUUCCUUAUUGCAUCUCAAAUUGUAAUAAAGCAGCUUUCGAAGUCAGUGACUUGUUCUUUCAGUUUUCAUGCCAAAACUUUGCUUAACCACAAUAUGACACUUUAAACCAGUACUGCAAGUGUUAGUUUCAGUCCCAACCCCAUUAAACACA